AGCAGGCCCGCCCCCCAGGCCCAAGCGGCGGACUUGGGCCCGGGAAGCUCCACCCAUCGCCGGCGUGUGACGUCGAGUCGCCAUGGCCAGCUACCCGUACGGGCAGGGCUGCCCAGGAGCUGGAGGACAAGCACCUGGAGCCCCUCCAGGUAGCUACUACCCUGGGCCCCCCCAUGCUGGAGGGCAGUAUGGUAGUGGGCUGCCCCCUGGUGGCAGUUACGGAGGGGGACCUGCCCCUGGCGGGCCUUAUGGCCCACCAGCCGCUGGAGGACCCUAUGGACACCCCAGUCCUGGGGGGCUCCCCUCUGGAACUCCAGGAGGAUUGUAUGGCGGUGCGGCCCCAGGAGGUCCCUACGGUCAGCCGCCUCCGAAUUCCUACGGCGCCCAGCACCCUGGGCCUUACGGACAGGGACCUCCUCCAGGUGGCAUUCCUCCCAAUGUGGAUCCGGAGGCUUACUCUUGGUUCCAGUCAGUAGACUCUGAUCACAGUGGCUACAUCUCCAUCAAGGAGCUGAAGCAGGCCCUGGUCAACUCCAACUGGUCCACGUUCAACGAUGAGACGUGCCUCAUGAUGAUAAACAUGUUCGACAAGACGAAGUCAGGCCGCAUCGACGUCUAUGGAUUCUCGGCCCUGUGGAGGUUCAUCCAGCAGUGGAAAAGCCUCUUCCAGCAGUACGACCGGGACCGCUCGGGCUCCAUCAGCCACGCCGAGCUGCAGCAAGCUCUGGCCCAGAUGGGCUACAACCUGAGCCCCCAGUUCACCCAGCUCCUGGUCUCCCGCUAUUGCCCUCGCUCUGCCAGCCCCGCCAUGCAGCUCGACCGCUUCAUCCAGGUGUGCACCCAGCUGCAGGUGCUGACCGAGGCUUUCCGGGAGAAGGACACAGCUGUGCAGGGCAAUAUCCGGCUCAGCUUCGAGGACUUCGUCACCAUGACGGCUUCUCGGAUGCUAUGACCCAGCCCAUCUGUAGAGAGUGGGGUGUACCGGGGACCUUUCCUGGCUCCUCAGAGGGGGAGAGCCAGGCAGGCCUCCCCUCUUCUCCUGUCCCUCCUAGAAAAAGAUUCUCCUUUGCCUGAUGGCAGCGCUGCUCCCAAAGAGGGCUGGGAGUUUUGUGUCAGUCACCAGACAGUGGGGACCUGGGCUGAGGCCACACGGGUAGUGGCCUAAGAGAGGACUGGAAGUUGAAUGUCCUUAGAGCCCUGCGUACUUCAGUGGCCCCACCUUGGGCCAGGAGCAGGAGACGCCAGUCAGUGCAGUCGAGUUAGCACCCAGUCCACUGGGCUCCAGCCUCUAGUUGUCGCUUCUGUGCCCUGAUGCCAGGGGUAAGUGUUCAUCAGCCUCAGGCCAUUAGCACCUGAGUCCCCUCCCCUACACCGUCCUGUCAGAUGAACCCAGUUUCUCCAAAGUGGAAACUGACCAGGCAUGGGAGAGGUUUGUCCACGGGACCAAGUAACUUGGGUUCCACCACCCCCACACCCACGAGUCCACACAUGUUGACUUGCAGGCGCCUGGCUGCUGGCCCUGCUCGGGAACCGGCCCAGUCUGCGCUCUGGGCACCCUUGGCCAGGCUGCCCAUCUGCAGCAUGGACCCCUCGCUCGCCUGCCAUUCUCCGCUUGGCUUCAGUCCCCAGGGGACAGAUGCCAUCUCCCACCGCCAAUGCUGGCUUUUUUUUAAGCUGUGUUUUUUUUUUUCUUUUGGGGCCAAAAGUUUGGUGAAACUGUAAGCUUCAAUAAAAGCACAGAUCUCCGGAGUU